UGUGCUUAUCUUAGGAGGCCAAAUGAGCAGAUUACACAUCAGCGUGUUUGCUCACUCCUGCUAUCAUUUAUUACUGUCUUACUGUAAGACGCUGCACCGCCACGAGCCUUCAUUCAGUACAUCGAGUUCCUUAUUUUGAGCAUUUUGGCAGGAUGGGUGGGUGUGUGGUGGGGGCUCUCCGCACACUGGCAAGGAUGGUACGUUGGGUUUGGGACGUUUGUGUGAGUGUCGUCUUUACGUUAGUGAUGGGAUGGCGCAGGAAGUCUUAUCUUCCUCCGGUGUUCAACCCAAUACUCCUCCUAUCUGCUUCUGAACUGGCUAAGAGUAUACGGGAAAGAAAGGUCAGCAGUGUGGAGGUGGUACGCUCCUACGUCACCAGGAUCAGUAAUGUCAACCCUAUCCUCAACGCCAUUGCUCAGGAGAACUUCCAAGCUGCAUUACUUGAGGCUCGGGCGGUCGACGAACGUCUUGAUCAGGGUCUCCGUGAUGGAAGCCUUACAGAGGAAUGGCUUAAGAAGAACCAGCCAUUCUUAGGAGUUCCUUUCACAGUCAAGGAGUCAAUUGCUGUGACUGGAUUGCCACACACAGGUGGACUGGUAGCACGGGACUAUGUCAUUGCAUAUCGUGAUGCUGAGGUGGUAACCAAGAUGAAGAAAGCAGGAGCCAUCUUGUUGGCAAAUACCAACAUAUCAGAGUUGGGUAUGUGGUGGGAGUGUGACAACAGAGUGUAUGGCCGCACCAAUAACCCGUAUGACACCAGGCGCACCCCAGGAGGUUCAUCUGGUGGUGAGUGUGCUUUAAUGUGUGCAUGUGGAACCCCAUUAAGUUUGGGCACGGAUACUGGAGGUUCCAUCCGCACUCCGGCAUUCUUCUGUGGCCUCUUUGGUCACAAGCCAACCAGUGGUGUGGUGUCACUUCGUGGGUGUAACAUUCAUUUUGAUAAAGAAUGGGGUGAGUUGCAGUGUGUAGGUCCCUGCACCAGACAUGCACAAGACCUAGCUCCCAUCCUUGCCAUUCUUGCUGGAGACCGGGUCAACAAGUUAUCCCUUGGAAAAAAUGUGGAUCCUGGAACAUUACGUUUCUUCACCAUGGAAAAUGACGGUGAUGCAAUUUUGACAACACGUAUGAGUCCUUACCUAAUCAUGAUACAGAGAGCUGUUGCAAAUCACAUCAGAUGUACAUACGACUGCACAGUCCAUAAGAUUGUGAUCCCUGGAAUGCGACGAUCUUACCAGAUAUGGCAAGAAAAACUCAGAGAAGAAUACAAGGAUUGGCCUCCAAUGUUUGAGCAGCUGGCAGACAACAAGGGAGAAAUUAAUGUGUGGACUGAAAUAACCCGAGCUAUACUGGGCCGCGCACUCCACACUAUACCCUCACUAGCACAGGCUCUCCUUGACAAGCUCAUAGGGGAAAUCAAAUUCCUCAAGGACCAGACAAAGGUACUCUUGGGAAAGGAAGCCACAGCUGUUCCUAUGCCAAAAUUUAAUGCAGAAAAUCACUGGAAAACCCUACAAAUGAGGGUGCAGCGAUUGCUUGGAGAUAAUGGAGUGCUACUAUAUCCAAGUCAUCCUACACUGGCUCCUUAUCACAGCGAGUCAUUUUUUCGUCCUCUCAAUUUUACUUACACAGCAAUCUUCAGUGCUCUCGGAUUUCCUGUAACUCAGGUACCUCUCGGAUUGUCCCCUAAUGGUCUUCCACUUGGCAUACAGGUUGUAGGAGGAAUGUAUCAAGAUCAUUUAACCAUUUCUGUAGCAGCAGACCUGGAGAAGACAUUUGGAGGAUGGGUGUGUCCUUCAAAAAUUCUUUGAGUAAAUUACACAUCAUAGAAAACUAUAUCACAUUCCAGAUGUACAUGAAGAGCUCGUUUCUGUAUUUCAGUACUGCAAAUAAAUUACUUUUUGUAAGUUUUUCCAACGUUCACCCAAACCUCAAAUAAAGCUCUAUACUAA